GGCAGCGGCUGGGUGUAAUGGGUCUUGUACAUAUGGAGGAUGUACGGGAAUAUACACUCGUUUACAAGUACAACAUUUCAAUGUAGAUGUCCAGCCUCCCAGACAAAUCUUUGUGACCUAGUCCUAUGUAAAUUUCCUGUUUACAGCAUAAUUUAAAACGUGUUUUCAAAAUUACCGCGAGAGGGGUUGCGUGGCGUGGCGUGUCACGGCGGCUUACGUAUGGGGAGCGUACACAGUGCACUAUCAGCAAUAAUACAUAAGCGCUUCGACGCUUCCGUUCAGUUCAAAUACGUCCUGAAUUAAAACGCUUGUGUCACGCUUUAGAAAUGGAUCACUCUCAGACUUUGUUUUCAGACAAGGCUGAAGAUGUGGCGACGUCUUCCAGCUUCCGGCAGUUCCAGAUCCGACACUUCCACCUGGACCUGGACAUUGAUUUCGAGCAGAAAAAAUUGCGAGGAAACGAGAUUUUACAAGUGAAAUGCAUUCAGGAUUCCCAGCGCGAGCUGCUUCUAGAUAUUCACCCCUCACUUGGGCUGCAAGAAGUAUCAUUCAGCCGCGGGAAAGACAACUCGGAAUGGACGAAAGUUGAAUUUCUUACACGAGACUUUACAAGUUACGGGUCAACAUUGAUUGUGAAAUUUCCUUCACCAUGGAAGAGCGAAGAUGAAUUCCGUUUAUCGGUGAAGUAUGAGGCUUCGGACGGACCAGGGAUGUCCUGGCUGGACCCAGCCCAGACCUCUGGGAAAGAGAAGCCGUACCUGUACACCUGCGGCUUCCCCGUCCGCAACAGGAGCCUCUUCCCGGGCUUCCACACGCCCGCGGUGAAGACCACCUACUCGGCCUCAGUGCAGGUGCCAGAGGGCUUCACCGCGGUCAUGAGCGCCAGCAGUUCGGAGCACAGGAAGUCGGACAACAGCUUCCUGUUCUCCAUGGAGCAGCCCAUCCCCUCCUACCUGGUGGCGCUGGCUGUGGGGGACUUGGUCUCCGCGCAGGUGGGACCCAGGACCCGAGUGUGGACCGAGCCGGGCCUGCUACAGGCGGCCAAGCAGGAGUACGACGGGGUGAUCGAGGAGUUCCUCGCCACGGCCGAGAAGCUGUUCGGACCGUACCUGUGGGGAAGGUACGACGUGCUCUUCAUGCCCCCGUCCUUCCCGUUCGGCGGGAUGGAGAACCCCUGCCUCACCUUCGUCACGCCCUGCCUGCUGGCCGGGGACCGGUCGCUGGCCGACGUCAUCGUGCACGAGAUCUGCCACAGCUGGUUCGGCAACCUGGUGACCAACGCCACCUGGGGGGACUUCUGGCUCAACGAGGGCUUCACCAUGUACGCCCAGCGCCGCGUCCUCAAGGAGAUCCACGGCGAGGCCUACACCAGCCUGGAGGCGGCUACAGGAAGAGUCCUGCUUCGUCAGCACAUGGACAACACCGGGGAGGAUCAUCCGCUCAACAAGCUGCGCGUCAAAAUCGAGCCAGGUGUGGAUCCUGAUGACACCUACAACGAGACGCCAUAUGAGAAGGGCUUCUGCUUCGUCUCCUACCUGGCGCACCUGGCGGGCGGUCAGAGUCGCUUCGACGCUUUCCUCAGGGCCUAUGUUGAGAAGUUUAAAUUCCGCAGCAUAAUUGCGGAGGACGCCCUGGAGUUCUACUUGGAUUAUUUCCCUGAACUGAAAAAGAAGGGAGCCCAUAAGACUGAAGGGUUAGAGUUUGAGAAGUGGCUGAAUGUGCCCGGGUGGCCCCCCUACCUGCCCGACCUGUCCCCUGGCCAAAGCCUCAUGGAGCCGGCCGAGCACCUGGCCCAACUCUGGGCUGCGGAGCACCUGGACAUGGGGGCCAUCUCUCAGGUGGACAUCCACCCCUGGAAGACCUACCAGAUCGUCUACUUGCUGGAGAAGAUACUGGAAAGGUCCCCUUUGCCCGGAGGCAACAUCGAGAAGAUGGUGGAGAAAUAUCCCCACAUCAUCAAGUCCAGCAACGCGGAACUGCGCCUUCGCUGGGCCCAGAUGGUGGCGAAGAACCAGUACCAGCCUGGAUACGCACACGUCCGGGACUUCCUCAGCUGCCAGGGGAAGCAGAAGUACACGCUGCCCGUGUAUCGAGCCCUGCAGGGCGGGUCAGAGGAGACCAGGGCCCUGGCCACCGAAAUAUUCUCCGCCACCUCAAAGCAGCUCCACGUCAACGUGCGCAACUACGUCAAGAAGAUCAUCGUCUGAUUGGACGCCGCGGAAACCAAGCGUGGAGCACCGGGCGCUCCAUGCGUGCCCUGCCCUCCCGGCACGCUGCAGAUGUGCGAAUGCAGAUUUCCAUGACGUGACACCUGGGGUGUGAUGUGUGUAAUAAAAUUUUAGCUAGGUCCUGAGUCUCGAGUUUCUGCCAAGGGUCCCCACCGGUCCUUGAAGACCUUGAACAUGGUGGAUUUUGAAAAGGGGAAACAUGAAUGGUGAAGGUGUUUUGAUUUUGCAUACACGCUGUGCAGCGUUUGGGGGGGUGGUGGAGGCAGAUUUAUACUUCUUUUUCGCAACUUCACAUAUCAUACAAAAAUUUUUUUUAAGAAAAUGUAAAUGUUUUAGGGGAGCAGGUACAAUCCUCAAGUUGCUGUGUUAUUUUAAUGUUUAAUAUCAAUUAUAUAUGUGUGUGUAUAUAUACACACAAUUUAACAUCGCUUAUUGCAACGAAAAUGUGCAUCGUUGAAAGAUGACAAAAAAAUCUGCAAAUUGCACAGCACUGGUGUACUAUGUUAAGGUGACGUGGGCGAUCUCAACACGAGGCAAAGGGAACGUUAAAGCUCGAAUCUGCGUUUUUUAUGUGAAUUUAUAUUCUUUUUAUCUUGCGUAAACGUGAAGAGAACACUGUAAAUCGUUAUUGGCAUAUAAACUUACCCUCUGGGUGUUUAAAUUAU